AGUAGGGUACAUUACGGUUGAGAGUACAUUAAGGUCAAUCACGUUCUAAUAAGUACAAAAUCAAUUGAUCGUUCAAAAUGUGGUUUUACUUCUGUAUUAUUGCUGCUUCUGCAGUUACCACACCAGCAGUCGCCUUACCAAGCAACUUACGGGAUUAUACCCUUGCAAGAAGUAUGAACUCCGGCAUGCCGUCGUGGCUCAGUAAUCUUGAAUCGAUCGCAGCGGGUUUUCGUGACCUACAUCUUCAGGUGGCACCAGAAACGGCUAAGGAGAACGACAGUGAAGACUCUUUCUGGACAAAUCGCACUGCAGCUGCUGAGUUGAAAAAGCAGCAGGUUGCAGAGCUUGAGGACCAAGAAAGAAGUAUAACGACCACCUCCAUGCCUGACAAAAGCGCAGUAGAGCUGCGUGAUGCACAGUACGGAAAUGGCAGCGUGAUAUUGGGAGCCGGCGAAUUCUUGACGCCCAAUGUUAGCUACUACUCUCCAUCGCGAGCUUACCGAUUGAUUCUGCAAACCGACCAGAAUUUAGUUUUGUACCGGGAAUGCGACGGCCGGGCGGUGUGGGCCUCGGAGACCGUUGGACUGCCUCCGCUCCGCGCCGUACUGGGCAGCGAUGGCCAUUUCACCGUCGGAUCAUGGGGGAACGGUGGCAGCAUCGAGACGUCCUACUGGUCCACCGAAACCUGGGGAUACGGCGAAUCGAGACUGCUGCUGUCGGAUCAAGGUUAUUUCUAUUUGUGCAACGAUAAAGGAUGCUAUUGGCGAUCGUCUCGAUCUUCCGGCACUCAGGGCUGGCAGUGUGGUGGUCGGGUCAAUCUUGCUCCAGCAGAAACGUACAAUUAUCUAGUGGUAGUUAGAAUGGUAGACUAUAUGGAUCUGGAUAUGUUGUUCUAUUCUUCGAACGGCAAAUUCACGUUGGGACCAUCCCGUUUUAACAGGCAGCAAUUAAUGGUGGUGCGCCGGCAAGACAAUCGAAUCGGUUUCAAGGCAGCGACACAGGAGCGGAUUAACAGCGUCCGACUGCAGGAGGACGGGAAUUUGGUAGCGUACAGCAUCGGUAAUCGCGCUCUGUGGUCCUCCAUAACAAAUGCUCCGAACUACGACAAUCCCGAACUGCGGCUUUACGACGACGGAUUCCUUUACCUGUGUGACUCCCGCGGAUGUUAUUGGCAGUCAAGCGGGUUUCUUGAUCAACCUUAAUCUAUCAUACAGUAUGACAGGGGAACGGUAUUGGCUCUUUUUCUAUGAAGUAAGCUACUGUGUAGCGCAGUAAAUAUGCUAAUAACUGUCUUAGAAAACGCUUCCUGUUAUCAUGUUUUUUUAUGCACGGAUAUUAUGCGCAGCGCUGACUACAGGCAUUAUGAUAAUUAUGUAUGCAUUACAAGCAGUACGUAUUACACUUUAUGAAUAUUCUGUUUCCGCGUUUUUUUCUUACCAUUGACAGUCAGUCAGGCAGUUAUUAAAGGCUUUUGUUCCG